ACUUCCGGAAUGUACAUGCUGGUUUUGUUUUGCUGUCUGUAAAAUGAGUCUCCAUAAUCAGCCAAAAAAGAAACUUGGUUACUUAGAUGACGAUACACUCAAUUAUUACAGACGAGUUUCUGAAACACUACAAAAUGGAUUUCAAGACGAUGAUGAGAAAGAUUUAUUUAUGAACAAUGCUUUGGAGCAGUUGUCUCAAGAAGCUCUGAAGGUGUCUCAGAAUCAGACAGGAAGCCGGAUUGCUGAAAGUCUUAUCAAGGAAGCACAGCCACGCCACGUUUGUCAGGUGUUCACUGCGUUAGGCCAAGACUGGAACACAGCCACAACGGACAGAUUUGCAAGUCAUGUUCUACAAGCAUUGAUUCAUAUGAUACCAAGACAGUGGUCUACAUCAGAAAACUCAGCUGAUGAGGUGUUUAUAAGUUUGUACGACUAUGUUACUGAAAACCUCGACUCUCUUGUGCGGGAUACAUACAGCAGUCACAUCCUUCGCGAGCUGUUGGAGUCUCUUGGUGGUGUAUCAGUUUCUGAACUCAUUAUACACAGACAGGUUUCCAAACAUAAUGUCAAAGGAAUAGAAUUAAAACAUCAAGAAGAGAAAAAACUAGAGGUGCCCAAUAAAUUUAAAAAGAAGUUUAGAAAACUCGUGAAACAGAUUUUCAAAAUUUGUAACUAUGAUGAUGACCUGCGAGAUGUGAACUACAACACUGUACUGCAGACAGGGUUGCUGGUUCUACACCAGGUGGAGCCACCGCUGUGUGCCAAGUUGUGUAACAAGAUCAUCAAGAAAGGAGACCUGCUGCUCGGAGAUCUCGAAACUGAAAACAAAAUCAAACUGCCCGAGUUGGUUCAAGAUAAAACUGGCUCGUACUUGGUUGAACAGAUAAUAGCAGUGACAUCACCGGGUGAACUGGAGCACAUUUACAGUUCCGUUUUCAAGGGCAGACUACUCUAUUUUGCUGUGGACAAAAUUGCCAACUAUGUUCUACAGAAGCUUAUUUCAUGUAUAUCAGACAAAACAUUGUUCACUGACAUCUUUGAUGAAUUGUCUCCCUUUAUGGAAGACAUGCUAGCCUUCAACCACUUGGGCGUGAUUACAAAGCUAGCCGAGGCGUGUCUCCGAGUUGGCACCAGACAGGAGAGGUUGAUCAAGGUGCUGAUGGAAUCGUUCCAUUGUGCUGAGCCCGCAGACCGACAGGUGGAGUUUGUUAAACUGCUCGCCUCACUCACAACAUACGAUGUCUUCUUCUGCCAGGACAAAGAGAAAGAGAAAGAGUCAGAGGAGAAAACCAAACCCCUUUUGACGAGAAUAAACCUGCAUGGAUCCCUCCUCAUUCAGCAUCUGCUUCACUUUGGCAAGCCUAAACUGGUCGUAACCAGUCUGCUCCAGUUGAAGCCAGUUGAACUGAAGACACUGUCCUGUGACCAGAUGGGCAGCCACAUUGUUGAUGCUUACUUCCAGAGUCAGUCAGUUGGGGAGAGGCAUCGGGAAUUAAUGGUUGACAAACUAAAGGGAAGCUUCUUUGAGGUGGCAUGUAGUAGAAAUGGCAGUCGGACUCUGGAGGCUAUCUGGAAGUGUAUUCCGACAAAACAGAAGUGUGUGAUUGCGGAGGAACUGUCACUACAAGAAGACCGACUGCGCAGUGAUCAGUACGGAUGUUUUAUUCAUCGGAAUUUUGCCAUCUCGCACUUCAAACACCGACGGUCGGACUGGCAAGGACUGCAGGGGGCAUCAACAAAGAAGAGAAAAAUUUUCAAAGAUUUAUUCGAUGAUAGUGAUGGUCAAGCAUCCAAGCAAGGAAAGAAGAAUACUGAUUCUAAAGGGAAUGUCACAGAGACAGAAACCACUUCUCUCCAGUUACAAGAUCACGAGGAAGUAACAAACACAGCUGUAGAUUUUCUGCUGAACUCCAUGUCAAAGAAAUUGGAAGAAUCCUCGACAAAGCAUAAAAAAUCUUUUGAUAAAAAACAAUCUAAGAGACAGAAAGAGGUUCCAAACCCAGAAACAAGGACGUUCAAAUCUUCGUGUGGUAAACACAAACACAAAGACAUGAAAAAGAAGAAAAUUAAGGAAAAAGCAGAAUAGAAUGGAAGAAAAUAACUCAAGUGAUUUUUGAAUUUAAAAUAAAAUAUUUCUUCUCAA